AUAUGCCCCGUAGCUAAAGGAGCGACUCUCCUUGAAGCGAGAAAUUUCUUGCGCUAUAAAAAGCAUGGCGCUGUGAUGAGCUAUGGGGGACCGCUGGCUUCUCGAAUCCAUGGGCGACAGCGAGCAGCAGCAUCAUCCGCAAGAGCAGAACCAGCAGCAGCGAGUGAUCCUCAAAUGGCUGGUUUCGUCCCCAAAAUGGAGGGCGCUCGCAGCCCUGGGCCUGGGACAGGUCGUGUCACUGCUCGUCACUGCCACGGGAUUCACAUCCUCGUUCCUGGCUCGCGAAGGGGUGCAUGCGCCCACUGCCCAGGCAUUUUGCAAUUACGUGCUGCUGGCCAUCGUUUGCGGAUCGAUUGUUCUUAUCAAGCGGCCAAAGAUCAAGGUACCUUGGUAUGCUUUCCUGCUACUCGCCGUUGUGGAUGUGGAAGCAAAUUUUCUCGUUGUCAAGGCCUACCAAUACACCUCGAUCACAAGCGUCAUGCUCCUUGAUUGCUGGAGCAUUCCCUGCGUGCUCCUUUUGACAUGGUUUUUCCUCAAGACCCGGUACCGCAUCGGGCAUUUUGUUGGAGUCGGGAUUUGCGUGACGGGGCUCGUGCUGGUGGUUCUCUCCGAUGUUCACGCCAAAGAUCGAUCCGGUGGUAGUAAUGUCGUCCUUGGAGACUUUCUCGUCAUCGGAGCAUCGAUGCUGUACGCAAUUUCCAAUGUUAGCGAGGAAUUUAUAGUGAAGAGAAUUAAUCCGGUUGAGCUGCUUGCUUUCCUCGGCUUGUUUGGAUCGAUAAUAAGCGGGGUUCAAGUGCUCGCUCUUGAACUGCAUGAAAUUCGUCACACUCAAUGGACUGCAAAUGCCAUUGGUCCUUUUGUGGGAUUUGCACUGGCCCAGUUUUCUUUUUACCUUCUCGUUCCAAUUCUACUUCAGGGCAGUGGCUCGGCAAUGUUUAACUUGUCUCUUCUCACGUCCGAUAUGUGGGCCGUCGCGAUCCGUGCAUUGGCCUACCAUGAAGUCGUGGAUUGGCUCUACUUUGUGGCGUUUGGAACAGUGGCAAUAGGACUGUCUUUGUAUUCUUACUUUGGUGAGCCGAGACCAAAGAAACAACAAGCAGCUGCAGAACUGGACGAGCCAGGACUCGAAGAAAUCGUCGCGGAACAUCCUGUGAAAGAAGAUAGCGGUACACAUUCUAAAAACACUAACAAGGAAGAAAAGCAGCAGUUUUUUCCCGACAAACGGGAUAACAACGACGAUGCACAGAUUGAGCUUUGAUGCUGGAAAAACUAUAUGUAUACUUCUAUCACUAAUUGUUUGCUUUCUUCGUGAAGAAAGCACUGUUUCUCGGA